AAAGAAGCACGGAAGAGUCAUAAUUGUGUCUUGAUUUAUAAAUCGGAGACAGAGGGAGACGAAAACCACACUCCAGAAAGUAGCUUAAUCGGACUCACUACUAAGAUGUUAAAAGUGAAGAGGCUGGAAGAAUUCAACACGUGUUAUAACAGCAAACAGCUGGAGAAAAUGGCCUUUUUUCAGUGCAGGGAAGAGGUGGAGAAAGUGAAGUGUUUUCUGGAAGAAAAUUCUGGGGACCAGGAUUCAAGACCUGGACAUCAUGAGGCGAAGGAGGUGUGGUCAAAUGCCGACCUGACGGAAAGGAUGCCCGUCAAAAGCAAAAGGACAUCAACCCUCGCAGUUGACAUCCCGGCUCCUCCGGCCCCAUUUGAUCACCGUAUUGUGACAGCCAAGCAAGGAGCGGUCAACAGCUUCUAUACUGUGAGCAAGACAGAAAUCCUAGGAGGAGGGCGUUUUGGCCAGGUUCACAAGUGUGAGGAGACGGCCACAGGUCUGAAGCUGGCAGCCAAAAUCAUCAAGACCAGAGGCAUGAAGGACAAGGAGGAGGUGAAGAACGAGAUCAGCGUCAUGAACCAGCUGGACCACGCGAACCUCAUCCAGCUGUACGAUGCCUUCGAGUCUAAGAACGACAUUGUCCUGGUCAUGGAGUAUGUGGCUGGUGGGGAGCUGUUUGACCGCAUCAUUGAUGAGAACUACAAUUUGACGGAGCUUGAUACCAUCCUGUUCAUGAAGCAGAUAUGUGAGGGGAUAAGGCACAUGCAUCAGAUGUACAUUCUCCACUUGGACCUGAAGCCUGAGAAUAUCCUGUGUGUGAAUCGGGAUGCUAAGCAAAUAAAAAUUAUUGAUUUUGGAUUGGCCAGAAGAUACAAACCCAGAGAGAAGCUGAAGGUGAACUUUGGAACCCCAGAAUUUCUCGCCCCUGAAGUUGUGAACUAUGAUUUUGUUUCCUUUCCCACUGACAUGUGGAGUGUGGGGGUCAUCGCCUAUAUGCUACUUAGCGGUUUGUCCCCUUUUCUGGGUGACAAUGAUGCCGAGACGCUGAACAACAUCCUGGCCUGCAGGUGGGACUUAGAGGAUGAAGAAUUUCAGGACAUCUCGGAGGAGGCCAAGGAGUUCAUCUCCAAGCUUCUGAUUAAGGAGAAGAGUUGGCGAAUAAGUGCAAGCGAAGCUCUCAAGCACCCCUGGUUGUCAGACCACAAGCUCCACUCCAGACUCAAUGCCCAGAAGAAGAAGAAUCGUGGCUCUGAUGCCCAGGACUUUCUGACCAAAUAGUCUACGGGAGGCACCCAUUUGGAAGGAAAACUGCUGUGGUUGCUGCUGCUGCUUCGAGAAAGUUUUUUGAAAAAUCAGCAGUUCUGAUGCCUUGACCCCCACGAUGACUGGUAGUCUUAGCAGGGGGAGCGCUCGACCCUGAAUUUGAACUUGAACUGGAGUGCCUCUGCUGCGCUCAGAGGAACACCCAGCGCUGCGGUCUGGUCUCAGGGCGCAAACACAUCCCUGCACCUGGUGGGAGUGACGUUGGGAAGAUGUUUCCCUGCCAUCUUGAGAUUUUUUACUUUUUUAAAAAAAUUUUUUGAUCUUAGUCACUGGGGCAGGGGGUGCAUUAUGUCUGCUAUUUCUCAGAUAACUACAGCCAUGACACUUGAGAUGUAUUGGAGAUUUUAAAACUGGAGGAUGCAUUUAGAGGGAGAAAGCUACUUCCAGCCAUUAGACUAUGCCUUUCGAAGGGGCAAUUAGAUGGCCAGAAAGAAUUCUAACUCCCAUGCACCCUUGAAGACUUAGUUUCUCAGACUCUGUCAUUUUGAUUUGGUCUGUGGUCACGUGACUACAAUGGAUAAAUAAUUUGUUUGCUGGAACAGAAGCCGUCUUUGAAUUCUCCAACAAGAGGCAUCAGCCACUGUGUCUUUCAUUUAUUCUGAACUGUCCCCAGCACACGUUUUCUUCCAUGUAGCUGAUUCUGUUUUUCACAUCUAUACUCCCUGCACCCUUCUGACUGACAGUUCAUUCCCACAAAACACAUUGGUCUUGAGAGAUGAUGCAAAAAGUAUCUGUUUAUGGUUGGUCUUUGAAAUUCCGACCUUUGGAAUAAUGUCAACAGUCACAAGAGGUUUCCUCAAGCCCCAGUUGUCAACGAAAAGAGACGGAUCUGCACCUCCUGGAGCAAG